UGCCGGCGAAUUCUUAUAAGGUGGUCUGGGUGCUCACGCCCCACCCCUCUCUGGCACUCCCAGGGUUAAGAGGAUCUAGUGGUGACAGCGCAGCCCGAGCUUUGUGUUCGGAUAGCGGUAAUCGGGAGUCUCCCUGGCCCCGUGUGUAGGGACCACAGGGAUGGGGAUGCAGGAUCGGUCGGGCUCAGGGUGCUGUGUAUAGCGGCAUGUGGGAAUACAGAGGGACCAGUCUAUGGGCAGUUUACACAAAGGGCGCUAUGUGGAGGGGGCAUCGGAAUAAAGAGAAGGACCAAUAGGAGCAUCAUGUUCUCUUCCUACUGAAGCUGAGCUCUGGGUAACAACAGCCCGGGCAGUAUUAACCCCCUGUAUGUGUCCCAGGGUGUUCUGCUGGAAGGUGAUUCAAUGUAUCAACCACUAGAUCAGUAUUACAGAUCAGCUCAGGUCACGCACCUGCUUGUCACUGGCACCAUAUGAAGGAAUCAGGGCAGCGAUAUAUAAAGUGCUGUGUAUACGGGUAGUCAGGGAGGCCUGUGCUGGGUAUGUGUUAGCUUUGUGCCCCUGAAGGACAGGGUGUUGCUGGGAUGUCUGAGGGGGAAAUGCUGCAGAAUGGCAAGGGAGAGGAAGAAGGGGGGGCCCCAUUCUAUGUUAACCGAGGGGGGCUGCCAGUGGAUGAACCAACAUGGGAGCGGAUGUGGGCAUAUGUGGUGAAGACUCACCCUGAGGGAGAAGAGCUGGUCAGGAGAAUUCGUGAAGCAAAAGAGCUACCGCGGGUACCAGUGCCGUGCAUACCAUCCCUAAAUGCAGGAGUCUCUGUUCCGGAGCGCGUAGAAGCCAUCCAGAGAUAUAUCCGAGAGCUGCAAUACAAUCACACUGGGACACAGUUCUUUGAAAUCAAGAAAAGCAGACCUCUCACAGGACUGAUGGACCUGGCCAAAGAGAUGACCAAAGAAGCCCUCCCAAUCAAAUGUCUGGAGGCUGUAAUUCUGGCUAUAUACCUGACUAAUAGUAUCUCUGGCUUGGAGCGCUUUCCCAUCAGCUUUAAGACACAGUUUUCAGGGGGCUGUUUUCGGCACAUAGUACUGGGACUGUACUGGGGAGGCCAUUUUGGAGCUCUUGGAAUGAGUCGUCGAGAGGACUUGAUGUUCAAACCUUUGAUUUUCCGCACAUUAAGUGAGCUGCUUGCAGACUUCCAGGCAGCAUAUUCACGCUGCUGGCACACACUGCGCAAAAUAAAAUUAGGACCUUACAUCUCCCAUGACCCUCACAGUGUGGAGCAAAUAGACUGGAAACACUCUGUACUGGACUUGCAAGAACUUGGUGCAGAGGGGUUGAAACGGGAACUUGAAAGACAUAGCAGGGAGAUGCGUCUACGGAUUACAAAAGGGCCCCCAUCUCCAACAAAGGAGAGAAAAAGGGACAUUACAUCUUCACCGCAGCGAGCACAGUCCAGCCCACACCGCAGGGAACGUCCAGAGAGACAUCCUUCUGGAGAGAAGCCUUCAGACUCUACAGCUAUUCCUGAUCUCAGUGGCUACCAGAUCAGAGUAUAAGGAAAUCAAACCUCUUUGCUGGGUCAGACAAAAGGGCAAGCCCCAAACAGCAGGCUAAACCAGAGAAGGGCAGUAAUCUGUCCUCAGACUGUGCUUGACGAGUUACUGUGAACUAACCCAGAAAAGGACCGUCAAUGUCUCCCAUAGGCUGGACCAGAGAAGUAAAACCAUUGACCUAAGAUCCUUAUGAAGUAAUAAAUAAAUACCCCAUAAAAAAUCCCAAGACACCUCCUGUUUAUGUUGGAAUUAUGAUUAAUCCCAAUGCUUCAAUCCAGCUUAGAAAGUGAUGUAGACUGUUUAGAUUUUAUGUCCCACAUUUAUCAAACCGUGAAUAGAGCUGUGGGCUUGUAAAUCAAAUUGCAGUUGAAUAUCAUUUUAUACAUGAAGAGAUAUGCCCAUUGAAAAUAAAUUAUUGUUCAUGUGCCAAGGAUAACAAUUAACUUUCAUAAUCAUCAACAAAAGUUUAGUUGUGUUUUGGGGAUUGUUCUGCAACAAUAUUGCUGCACCCCCUCAAAAUGAUGCUCCAAAUAGCGAUUUAAAUUAGCCGCUACUGAGAUUGUGUACUAUAUAGGAACAUACAGAAGGCUCCCCUUUAUCUGUUUAAUGAGUUGGAGUAAUGUCAACCAGUAUAAGCAGAUCUGAACCACUGAGUGCUUUCUAUAUUACAACUGCCUAUUAAUAGAAAAAAGUAUGAGGAGAUAUUGAAGAGAUGUCACUAAUUAGACCGUACAAUUUGUAAAAUAAUAAUAGGCAAAAAAAAAGACCUUUUAUUGUUCUUUGUUAGACAGGGCUAGAAGCUUUAAAUGAAAUUGAGGUUUGGCUUAUGCCAAGGGUGUGGCCAGGCUGGACCGUAUAAUGUUCAUAUACUGACAGAUGUGAUAGUCUAUUUCUUAGAUGAAUACAUAGCUUAAUGGGUAUAUUUUCCUACAUGGAAUUUAUUGUAUUCACGGUUUGAUAAAUUUAUAUGUAGCUAUAUGUGGAUGGAAACUGUAAUGUGUUGGAAGGUAAAACAGUCCUGAAACAAUGUGGUCAGAAGGAAUAUUAGUCUUAGAACAGAAUGUCUAUGUGUAGUCCUCUAGACUCCAAAAUGCAUAGAAGCAAAUUAGAUAGGUUAGUGUAUUAAGGGAUUAUCAUAAGUGUGUGUCACUGAAAUGCUAUGUAAAUCAGCUCAGGAAGUUAGUAUUGGCCUGACUUGGGUUUUGGAUUAAGUACUGGGGUAACUGCAGCCAUUGAAAUCGUAGGUCCUAUAACACUGACAUGGAUUACAUAUUAUUUGGAUCCAUCUUGAAUUAGGGAAGGCUUUCAGAAGCUAAGAUGGGGUAUGUAUUAACCCUUUCCUGCUGAGUCUUUUUUUAGGCUGCCUUAUCACCAUACCAUAUGUGCCAGCUAUUCAGUAACCACUAAUCACCUUUUGAUAUACCUUGUGUUUCACCAUAUUUUAUUUAUUUAUCACUGCACUUUUACACUGAAGUCUUAAUAAAUUAAAUUGUUUGUUAUUAUGAA